UACCAUUCUCUAUUUCACGUGUGCCCACUCUGGAGACGGUGUUCAAGGCUUCAAUUGCCCGAUUCGACCAAUUCUCAUGGUCAUAUCCCUGAUACUAUAUUUUUCUUCGGGGAGAAUUGUCGUCCGAUACAUUGAAUGGUCCAUGUUUUUUAAUCAAUUUAAUAUUGGAGUUGUGCAACCAGUAUAUCUACAGACUACGACCGAUUUUAGUGCGUCGUAUCAACUAUCAAGCAGACAAUCGGUUUCAACUCAGCCUGAAAAACACGAAUGAAACAUCCAACUACUCUCGGAUAUAAUCUCUGAUUUUGGCGUAGUUUUAUUUUUUUUAUGUGAUCCAAUAUUUGUAUUGUUUGUUCGUGUCAUAUCAAAAACCAUUUUUUUCUGUGACUAUAAGAUCCAUUUCAAUCAAGUUUGUCAUUUUUACAUAAGUCAACAGGUGACUGCAAGUACUACACAACAACUCCAAUUAACUCUGGAAAAAUAGAUCUGAGAUCAAACUAUUUUAGUGAUCAAAGAAAGAAGAUACAUCAGACAAUAUGGAUGAUAAUAGAUUGAAUGAAAAAGACAAAAGUGGUUUUUUUUCCAAAUUAUGUAGAAUUCUUUACAUCGGUAACUUAGAUGAAAAUAUUAAUGAUGCUAAACUAUAUAAAUAUUUUGGAGAAUUUGGAGAUAUAAUUAGCAUUAAUAUUAAAAAAGAAGAUUAUGUAAGUGAUGGAUCAUUAAAAGUAUGCGCAAUGAUUAAAUACUUUGAUACCAGCAGUGUAGUUCUUGCUCUGCAUAAAAUGAAUGGUGUAGACAUAGAAGGUUCUCGUGUACGUUUGGGUUUUGGAAAAUCACAUCCAUCAAGAUGUGUUUGGAUUACUGGUGUUAAACAAUCUUGUGAUGAUAAUUUUCUGCUGAUUUAUUUAGCUGAUUGUGGGCCCAUUACAACAUUUUCGAUUGAUCAUACUAAUAAACGUGCUCUAGUUUAUUUUAAAGAGAUUGAAAAUGCAGAAGCUGCCAUAAAUAAAAUGAAAGAUGGUUUUAUAAAUGGUUUAUACUUUCAUGGUGAUUAUGCAUCUAGUGAGUGUCAGAUAAAAUUUGCUGAAUUCUUCAAUAAGCAAAAUCAUAAAAAUUGUUCAUCAAUACGCCUGGAUAAUGUUAAUGGUCAAAGUCCAUCAAUACGCCUGGAUAAUGUUAAUGGUCAAAGUCCAUCAAUACGGCUGGAUAAUGUUAAUGGUCAAAGUUCAUCAAUACACCUAGAUAAUGUUAAUGGUCAAGGUCCAUCAUUAUCUAAUUUUAAUGAACAAAAGUCUGCAGGAAGUCAUUAUGUUGAGGAAGAUAACCCAUGUAUUGCUAACAAGAAAUCUACAUCACCAAUUACCUGUACUUUGAUUAAAGGUAUAGCAGAUUCAGUCACUACUGAAUAUCUGGAAUCUCGCUUUAGUCAAUUUGGACCUAUUAAAAAAUGUUUAAUUGACCGACCAAACAAAUGUGGUGUGUUGUGUUUCCAAGAGGAAUUACAUGCACAGUCAGCUGUUACUGUAAUGGAUGGUAGUUAUAUAGAAGGUGAAUUACUCUAUGUUCGUUUAGCGUCUUUUAAAUGUCGAGAUUGUGAAGUAUCUAAUACAAAUAAUGAUAAUUUAACUAUUCAACAACAAGAUAACUCUACUUCAUCAUCACCUUACUGCGCUUGGCAUAUGGAUCCUUCUUGCCGUUGUUCAAUUAAUGAUGGAAUUGACCCAAUCAACUUCAGUGAUCAAUUUAAUAAUUCAAUUAAUGUUAAUAAUGCUCAGAACGUAGCAUUGCAUAAAUAUUUAAACAUCAAUAAUAACAUUCCUGAUUAUUCUCCAAGUACAAAUCAUGUAUACGACAGUCCAAUUAAAAUAAUAUUCAACGAGUAUCCACCACAGGGUCUCAUAUAUCCGACAAGACGUGCUAAUUUUAAUGUAAUGUCACUACCUUUGCCCGCGUUUGCUAAGAAUAUUUCCAAGCAACUGACUAGUACAUCUUUGAUAAACAGUAAAACAAAGAAUAUUGAAAAGAAUAAAGAUUAGAAGUUUGGCAAAAGAAAUACAACUAUUGAAGAAGAGAAACAAAAUUUAAAUAGUUUUGAUAACCCAAAAGAAUUCAAGACAAAAUUGUAAAUUAAAAAAAUUGCUGAAAUAUAUAAAAAUAUUCUCACUUUCAUAUACAUGUAAAUUAUAAUAAUUAAAUUUAAAUGUGGUUGUAAU